UCCAGAUUAUAUAUUCUAGAAUAUAUCUCAGAAAAAGUAGUUUAAUUGUUUUUAUUGUGACGUCACAAGCAGCAACAAUGGAAGCACGCGUAGUCGAUCACUUUACCAAAGUUUUAAUGAACCAACCAAGUGAGAUGAUGAAUGUAAGUUCGCUGGGUGGGAGGGUGGCAGAGUUGAAUAAAAAGGAGAAGAAGCAUUUAAAGAAAGUAGGAUUUAACAAGUUUCUUCAAAACCACCCGGAUAAUUUCGUCGUGUUCGAAGACACAGUUGUUCUUGUGCAUGGGGAAACCCCCAUCACCCCUAAAAGUCACCCCCUUGUCCCCCAAAUCCCGGCCCCACCCACCAGCGGUGCUGUGGAAAACACAAUUCAAAGUCUUCGUUCGUCGCCCACUUGUUCGUUAUGUUUGGAAACGAUCGAGAUUUUUGCGUUUGGGAUUUGUUUUCAUCCCCUUUGUUACAGUUGCUGUACAAAGAUGAGGUUUCUAUGUGAUGACAAACAAUGCCAUAUAUGUCGCGCACGAUUGCACGAGGUUGUAUUCACCAAACGAUUAUCACCGAUGAAUCAACUCGAUUCGUCGAGGUUCGUGAAAGACGGCGCGCACGGGGUUUUGUUCGAAGAUCAAGAAAUACAAAAUAAACAAAGAAAACUACUGGCUCAUCGUUGCCUCAAGUGUCGGGUGGAAAUGUUAGAUUUCGAUGAAUUUGAACGACACAUCGAGAAUAAACACAACCAAUAUUUCUGCUUCAUUUGUGUGAAACAAUGCAAGGUUUUCACUCAUGAGCGUGAAAGAUUUUCACGAGAUGAUCUCCAACUUCACAUGACCUCUCAUCCCAGGUGUGAAUUUUGUGACAAUCAUUACCUUGACAACGACGAACUUCUCUAUCAUUUGCAACGUCAUCAUUACUCGUGUAAUAUUUGUUCUGAUGAAAACCACGUUUAUUGCGAAGACGCUGAUGAAUAUUGGAGACACGCGGAAACCGAACAUUUUGUUUGUUCACAUCCCGGUUGUCACGGCAACCCUGGUUUUGUGUUCGCUAACGAGGUCGACUUGAAGACACACAAGAUAAAGGAACAUCCCGGGUCAAGAGACGAACGCAAGAAAGAUAAAAUACUUGACUUCAACUUUGGUUCGGCACGUAGCACGCCAGCCCCACCAAGUGGUCCUGUGUACAAGUUGCAAGAGGAUGGCUCUCUUGUUUGUUCAGGUGUAAUACUGGAUGGCCACCUCCGUGAAACGUUCGGGUUUAUUAAACCUGACGCUCGAGAUGAUUUCCAAGAAAACAUUUUCUUCAAUGCUGCCUCAUGUGGCCUCGAUGUGGACGAUGAUCUUAGAUUAAUGUGGCAACCUGGGGACAGAGUGACCGUUCAUGCACGAAGAGCAUACGACGAACACAAAUCUAAAUGGCGAGCGAUCAACGUAGCCGCGUUUGUUCAACCUAAUCAUAAUAACCAUUAUGAUGUCAUAGACAUAAAUGAUUCGGUUGAUUCGUUUCCCUCGUUGGGUUCCGCAUCAGCGAUUCAAACUUCACCAUUGAUGGCUUCAUGGAGCUCGGUCGCUCGAACUGCGAACCACAAGUUUGAACCGAACAAAAUAUCAAAACCAACUCAAAUUAUGAAAAAGAAACAACAAACUGGAGUCGGGAAGAUCCAUGAAAACUUACAACCUCACCACGGGUUUAUAAGACGCGAUGCCAACGCAAGUUACGAGGAUAAUAUUUAUUUCAACAUACAGAGUUAUUGUGAGGGAAUGGUAUUGUGA